AUGACCGGCAGGAAUAUAUUCCUGCAAAUCGUGGAGGCCGGCCAUUACAGCGGCCGCUUUCAGCGCACUCCAUACAAACGCCGGAUCCAAUCGGCAGCCACCUAUCGACCGCCACGCGCUAGCUUUCAGCAAGCCCCGGUCUCUGCAUGGGGCGACGCGGCCGCGCAGCCCAUAACAGGGCAUGGCGCGGGAUUAGCUGGCGCCAUCUCGCUGCCAGGUCUCUUCGCUGGGCUGGAUCCGGCACCAUCAUACCAGCGCCCCGACCACACACGCAGUGUGCCUUCCAAGGAGCCGGAAAGUAUGGAGGAGGAGCUCCGGAAACUGCGCAUAACCCUCGGCGGUUACAAAGAGCAAAAUCGCCUCCUGCGCACGGAGCGGCAGCGGCUAGAGGAGGAGCUGGGUCGCGCCCGCACCAACCUAGUGAAGGCUGAGGAGCUGCUCAACACCCGCGAGAAGGCGCUCAGUCCGACCAUUGGUCUGAGUCAGAUGUACCGAACACCCGAGACCACCGCUCUGGUAGCCAGGUUGAAGGAGCAGGUCAAGACGCUGAGGGCGGAGAAGGAACGGUUCAAGGGGGACCUCGAGGAGUUGCUGAGGACUACCAAGGCGACCAAGGUGGCUGAGCUCCAAUCGGAGGCCCACGCGCUGUCGCAGGAGCUCUCUCGCCAGCUCGAAAUGACCGCCAUAAUGCGGUACAGAAUGGAGGAGGCGGAGGCUAUGGCGGCAGCGGCGCAGCGCAAGGCGGAGGCGGCGGAGGCGCUAGCGCGCGAGUACACUGAGGCGGGUUCGACGCUGCCACCGGGACCCGUACGGCUGGCGCCUGGCAACACGCUGUCGGCCAGCAGGGUGCGGAAGACGAUUUUGGCGAUGCAGCAGUCGCACCGAGUGUUGCUGAGCCAGGCGGCGCUGCUGCGGGCGGUGUUCCCGCCAGGGAUGACGAUGGACGCUCUGGCGGCGAAGGCGGCGCUCAAGGCGCCCACGGCGGGUGCGACGGAAGUGCUCCGGUACCUGCGCUACCAUAUGAACAAGCUGCAGACGGAAAUGGGCGGCCUGCCAGGCGGCAACCGCGGUGAGGACGACCUCUACACGGGCACCAUCACCACGGCUACACCGCCGCCGGCCCCCAAGCCGCCCCGUCCCAGACCCACUCGGCCCAGAUCUGCUGGCUGCGGCCCCGUGGGCUCGGGUCCGGCGGACGGUUCCAAGCCUGUCGUGGUGGAGCCCAGCAGCGACCCACGGGUCUUACUGCAGGGCGUGGCAGACCUAGUACGAGAGCUGAGGUCCAUGGAUAUGGACAACUUCAUGGCCCGGCCUGAGCUGGAGGCUGACGUGGACCAGCUUGCUGACGUGGCCUCGCUGCUGAUUGCGGAGCACAAGCGGCUCACCGGCGCCGAGUCGCUGCCCGUGUUCAAGGAGGACGAUGACGGCGACAUUGAAGACAACCCGCUGUACGAGCCCGUACCGAAGGCGGACGAGAGCUUGGUGCCGAAGGACCCCAUGGCCCGGGACCCGGAACCGGUUUCGGAGGGGAAGGAGGAAGAGUACGAGGAUGAUUUUGAUCGGCCUGAGGAUGAGCCACCCUCACCGAUGGAGCCCGAACCAGAACCGGAACCAGAACCGGAGCCGGCACCAGCACCGGAACAACCCCUGGCUGACGGAGACAGCCCAGACGAGGGAGACCAGGUCUUGGAAGCAAACAAGCCGGCACCGCCGCUGAUAAUUAAGAAGGAGAACUCGGUCCGCAGCAUCCGCAGCCAGCAGUCCGCGCCUGACACGCCGGUGAAGCACGUGGAGGGGCCGGCCAGCAGCGUCGGCGAUCCUGUAGAGUACGGCACCCGGCGUUCCAGCAUUGCCGGCAGCAUGUUCAGCGGCCGCGGCUGGCAGCCCGAGGGCGCCGUGCUGACGGAGGAGGAGGACGAGCUCGCGGUGGCGCAGAUUGCCGUGGCCGCGGUUGCUGCGGUGGUGGCGGAACAGGAACAGGAGGUCGCGAAAGAGGAGGAGGAGCAGCAGCUACCUGCGGACGCCGAGACGGACCUGGAGCCCCAUGGCCCGGCUGGGGACGAGGAUGAGGAGGCUGGAAACAAGCGUGUUGGCGAGCCGCCUGAGGAGGCUUACAACGAUUUGGGCCCCUCAGCCAGCAACUACGGCGACGAUGAGCCUGAACCGCCCGUGGAACCCGAGCCGGAGCCGCAGGAGACAGAGCCCGAGCAGCAGCCCGAGCCCGAGGAGCAAAGCCAGGAUGGUUUGGACCUUGGCGAGCUCGCUGCCAAGUUGUUGGCGGCUGCAGUGGAGGAGCAGGCGCAGGAGGAGGAAGAGAGGCCGGCGGCGGCGGCUGAGCCUGAGCCUGAGGAUGAAAAGCCGGUGGUGGUGGAGGCGGAGGAGAAAGAGGAGCCGCAGCCAACCCCACCCCCGGCCCCUCCACUGCCCACGCGCGAUGAGCCCUCCGACAAGGGCUGGUGGGAGGCGUCGCUGCUGAGUUACAAAGCCGCAGAAGACAGCGAGCAGAGCAUUGGCGCAGAGGAGGCUCCCGCGGGCGGUAAACAAGUGAAGCUGCCGCCGGUUCCAGAGCGUGCUUGGUGGGAGGAGACGCCAGCGCAAACAGACGACGGCGUCGACGAGCCCCAAAGCGAGGCCAGCACACAGCCCCUUUCCUCGUCCCAGCACGCAAGUGGACGGGAGGGCGGCCAGGAGGAGAAGGAACGCGACUCGGACGCGUCAAAGCCAUGGUGGGAGCGUAUCGUGGGCGGCGGUAAGAAGGAUGAUGGCGAUGAGGAGGAAGAAGAGGAUGGGGGGGAGCGCACGAGCAAGGACACGGAGGAUAAGCCAUCGAAGUCCAGCGAUGCAGGUGAAGGAGGGUCGGCUGGUGCGGGGGACCACACGCCGGCGCGUUCGAGCAGGGGCAACUGGUGGGAGCAGGCCGCUGCCUCCCAGGAAGGAGGUGCCAGCGAUAGUGAUGAGCGCACGCCAUCGCCACGGCCUCCGAAAGCGGCGGCGCCAGGGGCGGGCGGUGAUGAUGAUUGGUGGGAUCGCGGUGGAAACCCAGCGACAGAGCGCGAUGCCGCUGACCAGGACACAGAGCAGGAGUUCAUGCGCAAGUCGGGUGACGAGGAGGGCAAGCCUGGUGCGGUUGUGGGGCGGCAGGAGGAGGGAGAGGAUGACGGUGGGAACAACUGGUUUGAUGAGGGUGAACCUUCUCUGCCGGUUGAUGAUGACGCGGCAGAGGCUGCGGAGGCGGCUGCGGAUGACGCCGAGGCGGCUGCCGACGAGGCAGCAUCCGAGGCUGCCUCUGCUGCGGAGGGUGCUGAGGACGCUGCUGAGGCGGCAGAGGAAGCGGCAGAGGCUGGCGAUGCGGCAUCUGAGGCGGCGGACGAGGCUGAUGAGGCCGCUGAUGCUGCAAAGCGGGCAGCUAAGGCAGCUGAGGAGGCCGAUGGGGCUUCAGAAGCUGCCGAAGCGGCGGAAGAAGCGGCGGAAGCAGCCGAGGACGCUCAGGAUGCUGCAGAGGAAGCAGCAGACGCGGCAGAGGAAGCGGCGGAGGCCGCGGAGGAGGCUGCAAAGGCUGCGGAAGAGGCGGCCGAAGACGCCGAGGAGGCUGAGGAGGCGCUGGAGGAAGCCCAGGAAGCGUUGGAGGCUGCAAAGGAAGCGCUGGAGGCCGCCGAUACAGUGGAGGAAAUGAUGGCGGCUCGUGAUGCAAUGGAAGAAGCGGAAGAGGCUGUCGAGGCUGCCGCUAAGGCUGCAGAGGAGGCAGCGCAGGCGGCUGAGGAGGCAAAGGAGGCGGCUGAGGAAGCACAGGAGCAGGCGGAGGAAGCGAAAGAAGAGGCCGAGGAAGCAAAAGAGGCGGCGGAAGAUGCGCAGGAGGCAGCGGAAGCGGCCGCAGACGCGGCGGAGGAUGCAAAGGAGGAAGAGGCCGCAGUAGAGAUGUGGAAGCAAUUGGAGGCAACGGCACAAUAG